UAUAAAAAAGAAAAAAAAGGAGAAUAAAACCGAAAGCCGUGUGUUCCAAAGCGGAGAAAAGGAAAGUCUUCAGAUUCAACUACAAGAGUGCCUCUGCCCAUCUCAAACCCUAGACUCCGCACGGAGAUUCUUCGAGGUUUCUUUUGCGAUCCGAUUUCCCCGAAUCGCUGUUUGGAGCUUUUGGAUCUUCUAGAUUCAACCCGAUCGAUCGGUUGUUUGUUGCCUUUCUCGUCUCCUCUUGUGAAGAUUUCCGUGGCGAUUCCAAGAUUUUGGGGGCCAUCUGCGAUCUGCUUACCUCGUUUCGACGCUCACUUUCUCCUGCCGGAAUCUGUCAGAAAUCUGCUGGCUCUUUUCGUCUUCAUGCGUUCCUGAAGCUCGUGGAAGGUUUCAUCUGUUGAAUUCCGUGGACCCGAAUCAAAGCAAGAAAUCCAAUGGCUAUUUAUUACAAGUUUAAGAGUGCGAGGGAUUAUGAUUCCAUCGCCAUGGAUGGUCCUUUUAUAUCAGUUGGUAUUCUCAAAGACAAAAUUUUCGAAACAAAGCAUUUGGGCAGUGGUAAAGACUUUGACAUCGUGGUCUCAAAUGCCCAAACUAAUGAAGAGUAUCUGGAUGAAGCAAUGUUAAUCCCAAAGAAUACUUCUGUCUUGAUUCGCCGGGUUCCAGGACGCCCCCGCAUAACAAUUGUCACUGGACACGAGCCAAAAAUUGAAAACAAAGUGGAAGACGUUCAGGCUGAUGUGAGCAUUUAUUCUGCUGCUGAUUCAUCUGCAAUGAAAAAUGCUGAGGAUGAGUGGGACGAGUUUGGGAAUGAUUUAUAUUCCAUUCCUGAUGCCCCAGUUGCUCAAAUGAAUAACCCAGUUCCUGAUCUUGUACCAGCAGAUGAGAAAGUAGAUGAAGAAAGCAAAAUUAAGGCCUUAAUUGAUACUCCAGCAUUGGACUGGCAACGACAAGGUCUGGAUAACUUCGGUCCUGGAAGAGGUUAUGGGAGGGGUACAACUGGGAGGAUGGGUGGACGUGGUUUUGGAAUGGAACGGAAAACACCUCCCCCAGGUUAUGUUUGUCACCGUUGCAAUGUACCUGGGCAUUUUAUUCAACACUGCCCCACAAAUGGUGAUCCCAACUAUGAUAUCAAAAGAGUUAAACCACCUACUGGUAUACCCAAGUCCAUGCUGAUGGCGAACCCAGACGGUUCUUAUGCGUUGCCAAGUGGUGCAAUUGCGGUUUUGAAGCCAAACGAGGAUGCUUUUGAGAAGGAGAUGGAGGGCUUGCCUUCAACAACACGCUCUGUUGGGGAACUUCCUCCUGAACUAAAAUGUCCACUGUGCAAAGAAGUAAUGAAAGAUGCUGCACUGACAAGCAAAUGCUGUUUCCAGAGCUUCUGUGACAAGUGUAUUAGAGAUCACAUUAUUGCAAAAUCAAUGUGCGUGUGUGGAUCAACCGAUGUUCUUGCUGAUGACCUUCUGCCAAACAAGACCCUUCGGGAUACAAUAAAUCGAAUUCUGGAAUCUGGCAACAGUAGUACAGAUAACGCUGGGAGCACAGGCCAAGUUCAAGAUAUGGAGUCUGCUCGCUGCCCACCUCCCAAGGUUCUAUCUCUUAAUACAUCUGCUGCGUCUAAAGGUGAACUGAAUCCAGCUCCUAGUAAUAUUAACGAAGCUUCAACCAUGAAGCCAGCAACUGAAACAACAGAGAUUACAAGUGCCCCUCAGCCCCCUGUGGAAAGAGUUAAAUCUGAAAAGCUUACUGAUGCAUGUGAAACCACUCAAGGAUCGAUAACAGUGAAGGAGGCAGUUGCUUCACAGGCGAAUACACAAGCACCCAAGGAAGAAGUACAGCAGCAAGUAGCUUCUGGAGAGCAAGGAAGAAAGAAGAAAAAGAAGACACGACCGCCUGGUCUGCCUGGAGCUGAUAUGUCGUGGAAUGUUGUCCCAGAUCUAGCAAUCCCCGACUAUAUGAUGCCCAUGGGUCCAAAUCCCUGCAACCAGUAUUUUAAUGGUGCUCAACCCGGCUUCAACGGCUUUCAUCCAGGCUUCAAUGGGUUCACAGGCCCUUUUCCAGGCGCUAUGCCACCUUUUAUUGGCUAUGGAUUAGGCCCCUCGGACAUGGCAUUUGGUGGUGUCAUGCAUCCAGAUCCGUUCAUGGCCCAAGGGUUUGGUUUCCCUAAUAUACCACCACCUCACAGGGACCUUUCAGAGUUAGGAAGCCGAAUGAGUCUUCAACGUCCUGUUAUGAGCAGAGAAGAAUUUGAGGCUCGGAAAGCUGAAAUGAAGAGGAAACGUGAAAACGAGAAAUGGCCUGAAGGAGGGAACGUUUCCAGGGAGAGUGAACACAGAAGAAUGAUGAAUGGAGCCACCUCGUCAUCGCCCAUGAAGCCGAAAUCUAGGCAAGCACCGCCGCAACUGAUGGAGGGCUACGACCGCCGCCGAAGACCGGAGAGAUUGUCGUCGGAGCGUCCUUCACCGCCAAGAGAGUCGAAGAGAAGUCAACACGACCGUCGUCUGGACGAGCGUGAUCGUGAAAGGCCUCGUCACCACGAGCGACGGGAUGACGACAGGAAUCGGAGAGAGGGAGAGCAGAGGCGGUCGAAGGCGAGUAGAUCAGAGGCGGAGAUGAAUCAUAAGUCUAGCGUAUUCGCUCGUAUAAGCUACCCGGAGGAAGAGGCGUCUAGCAAACGGCGGAAGCAAUCUUCGUCGGCAGCGGCAGUGGGUCACAGUAGGAAGGAGACGGAGUCUGGGGAAUCGAGCGAUGAGGAUAGGCAUUUCAAGAGGAGAUCAUCCAAGGGAGAUAGAUCGCGCGCUUGAUCUUUGAUGUUUGAUUAUAUAUAUGGAUGGGUUUUUUUUACUAAGAACGGAAUGAUAAUGUAUGCCUGGAAUUAUCUCUCUCUCUCUUUUUUUUUCUUCUUCUUUUGAGUACUUCAAAAAAUAAAAGAAACCUUAUUACGAGA